AUGAUUCUCGUUUCCUGUAAUAAUAUUUGGACACAAUUAGUGGAUAAAAUAUGUUGCCGCUUUAAUAAAUCUGUUGUGGGGGCUUUUAAUUCAAUGGCUGUUGGAGGGGCGAAUAACAACAACCCUUCUUUUGCACAACUAUUAAGUGGGGCAAAUGGAAAUGCUAAUAAUAAUGACUUUGGCUACAAUCCCCAUGUCAUGACUCUUUACGCUACUCCAAACGGUGAUUUACAGUUGCGCCUACCAAAUGCCACAGUAAUAACCCAACCACCAGCCCAAAUGGUUCAAAGUAUUAGAAAUAACGAAGAAAAUGAAGAAUUUAAUGAAAGAAUUAUUUACAGAAAAAAUAAAAAUAUUUUUCAACAUCCAUCAACACAAAUAUGCACUGAUACAGAAUGUUCUAGUAGCGAUUGCAACGUAUAUAAUAAUGGAAAUAAUUUGAUUAAAAAUGAAAAAAAUAAUAAAGGAAAAAAUUUAAAUUUUGGGAAAAUUAAAGAAGAAGGGGAAGAAGUUGAAGUGAUUAACAAGAAAAAACUAAGGGAUAAUCAAAACAAAAUUUCUAUGAAGAACAAAGAAAAUACAACGAAAAUUCCAAAAAGACAGCCUUCUGCUCGAAGAAAGCCGUUACAGCAACAAAAGAGGAUUGUUGUUACUAAACGACAAUUGACAAAUUAUUAAAAUUUUUGGGAUAUUUUACCGUAAUUUGAAUUUUUAAUUACGAAAAUUUUUUAUUUAUUUUUGAAUUUUCUUUCAUUUUUAUCAACGAAUUGUAAAUUUUAUUGUUUUUCUAUUUUUUAUUAAAAAAUUUUUAAAGUUAAAUUUUCAUUAUACCUUAUACAAUUCUUUCUAACUUUACACACGCUUUUUUUCACAUUCAUGACCGCAGGCAACUGCCGAUAUCCUAAUUUUAUGUUGCUAAGUAUUUAUACCCUCCAAAUUACUAUCACUUCAAAUCCUAUACACGCCACAAAAUAGAUACGGCACUGACUCAAAUGGAUUCUUAUUCAUUAUUUAUUAUUCGAUUUUUGUCUAAUAUUUUUAAUGUAUUUAGGCCCGAAAAAAUGACU